UAGUUAGGUAGGUACCUAACUCCAGCUAUUAUUACACAUGCACUUCAUCAAACCCCCAACUUCCCAAAGUCCAACUGGUUCAAUUGAUGUGGACUAGUGUAGCUAUGUAUUGAACAAGAUUUACAAAAACUAACAUCUAGGAUCAAUCUAAAACCACUGCCAAAAAAAAAAAGUGUUCUUGAUUCUUGAAUACAUUACAAUUGUUUGUCUAGGUGAAAGAAGCAAACAUGGAGGAAAAAGCAGGAAAAGAAGUGAAGCAGCUACUAGGGACGACAGUGGAGAACAAACAAGUAAUAUUCAAAGGGUACAUUGAAGGAAUUCCAAAAGAAACUGAUAUGGAGUUGAAAAUUGGAAAAACAAUGAAUCUUGAAAAAGUACCAAAAGGAUCAAAUGGGUCAUUGGUGAAGAACUUGUAUUUAUCUUGUGACCCUUAUAUGCGUGGCCGAAUGCGCGAUUUUACUGGUUCUUACCUCCCUCCUUUCACUCCUGGAGAGGUAAUUGAAGGAUUUGGCGUCUCCAAAGUUUUAGACUCGGAUAAUCCAGACUUCAAGCCAGGUGAUAUAAUCUCAGGUUUCACUGGCUGGGAAGAAUACAGCUUAAUAUACAAAACCGAGCAGCUGAGGAAAAUUCAGGCGGAUGAUAUGCCUCUGUCGUAUCAUGUCGGUCUUCUCGGCAUGCCAGGUUUUACAGCUUAUGCCGGAUUUUACGAGGUUUGCGCACCUAAAAGAGGGGAUUAUGUUUUCGUCUCUGCUGCCUCGGGAGCAGUUGGCCAGCUCGUUGGCCAACUCGCGAAGUUACACGGAUGCUAUGUUGUAGGAAGUGCUGGGACAAAACAAAAAGUUGACAUAUUAAAGGAUAGGCUUGGAUUUGAUGGAGCGUUUAACUACAAGGAAGAAACAGACCUUGAUAAAGCUCUCAAAAGGCAUUUUCCCGAGGGCAUCGACAUUUACUUUGACAACGUCGGUGGAUCCAUGCUAGAUGCAGCAUUGCUCAACAUGAGGAUCCAUGGCCGGAUCGCCAUAUGUGGAAUGGUAUCUCAGCAAAGCCUUUCUAAUCCACAAGGGAUACACAACUUGUUUAUGCUCAUCACGAAGCGAGUUAAGAUGCAGGGCUUUCUCCAGAGCGAUUAUCUACAUUUAUUCCCGCAAUUUCUUGAAGACGUUACUAGUUUGUACAAGCAGGGAAAGAUUACGUAUUUAGAAGACAUGAACGAAGGCCUCGAGAGCGGUCCGUCUGCUUUUGUUGGACUGUUUUCUGGACAAAACAUUGGUAAACAGGUCAUCCGUGUCGCCCACCAUUGAUCUUAAUGGAUCCCUCGGAUUUUUUCUAGAGACAGAGAUCUUACUGCUACCUCCGAGCUAGACGAUCUAGUCUUCUAGUCUUUAUUUGACAUCUCAAAAAGGGACCAUUUUUGCAUUAGCAACAAGACCUAUGCUGACUGAGUUGUAAACUGAUAAGACAAUAUUGUACUUGCAAGUUUUCCCGCAAAAAGCACCCGCACCAACUCUUAGAAAGAACACUGAUUUUUCUCUUUAGUUAGGUAGUUUAAUAUAUUAAACAAAAUAUUUAAUAAGAAUUAA